UGUGUCGUAGGAUCAGUGAACUGAAUUAUGCAGAACAGCCAUUGUAUAAAAAAUCUUCUGUUUAAAUAUAUAUUUUAGUUUUCAAAAGAUUCAAGCUGUUUAUCAUCACAGUAUUUAAGAUGUAGAGCAAAACAGCUAAAAAAACAGAAAAAAUGGCAAUGUUUAGUCUACAAACCAUUAGCGGGUGAAGUUGACUCGAAGUAUACUAGUAUGUAAGUAUACCUACCUAGCGCUUUAGAGGAUAGCCUCAAUUCACUUACUCUCCAAAGAAUAUGUUGAAUUAACAAAGCAUUACGUGGGAAAAUUAUCGACUUUAAAUAAACGUUUUACGGAAUGAUUAGUGUUGUUUUUUCUAUAAUUUAAAUGUGAAAUGGAGCGUCAUCAGAUGCGGUUAACUGGUCAAUCACCGAACGAAUCUACCGAAAAACUAUCAAAAUUCGUUCCUCGCGAUGCCUCUGUAAUGAUCUGAAUCAUUCGGCCGUUUGUUUACUUUACUAAGUAUCACAUUCAAAACACUUAGAAAAGUUUCAAGCAAAUCCAUAUCCUGUAAAAUAAUGUUAUUGUCCUUACUACAUAUUUAGUAACGAAAGUGUGCGAAUUAUAUAAACGUUGCGUAGGUACUGUAUUCAGGUAAAUCUGAUAUAUGAAUUAUCAAUAACUUCCCAUCUACUACUUUGAUUGACUUUCUAUAUCGCAUCAAAGCUCCGGUGGGCUCGAUCAGAAAUAAAGCUAUUUAGUUAUCUUAUCUUAAGAUCAUCUCUACCUCGGUCUUCAGCGGAGAUGGCGAAGCAAACAUAACAUCGAUGACCUGAUGCCGGCCGCAACACCGAAAUGUCACUCAAUCAUUAGGUAGGCAGGUACGGCGCAAUUUCUCCGCGCGAAUGUCACGGUAAUGAGCGCGCCGACAGAGCCCAAUUCUCCCAAUAAUCCGAGGCCAAUCAGCUAUAUAGAUCACGAGAUUGUUUGAGGCGGUUCGGUGAUCGUGUCGUGAGAACGAUAAGACACAGGCGAGCAGGUGGUUCCCUCCCCAACUAUGGUUAACUGUUCCACCAUCAUCAACGGAGCGAGCCGAGCGCGGCACCGCGCAGUCCCGUCCCGAGACACCGGCGCAGCACGCGGCUCGCUCUAACCAGUCGCACCACGACCACCGCUACCGAAUCGUUCGCAACUUACGCGGGAAAAGCUACCGGCACUUGUUGCGCUCUCGGAACUUUCGCAGUGGCAGUGACGAUACCAUAAAACUUGGCGCUUUGUAACAACAGUGAUUUGUUUAUUGGAUAUUUACUUCCAAUUGUUGCGCGUAUUUUUUUAUUGCUACCAGUAAGGUAAUCGGGGCAGAUAGCAUUAACGGUUGGCUCCGCGCUCGAGUGUGCCAGACCACAAGCAUGACGAGCGCCGGCGACUGCGCUCUCGUGCUCCUCGUACUGUUCCGGGCAGCAUUCGCACAAGACUACGAUGUAACGGACAUCCAAUGCACGUUUGCGAGCGGCGGCUCUGGUCUGCGGGAUUCCGUCACAGCGCUACUGAGGAAGCCGGAAGGGUUCCGUGGAGCGCCGUUAUUCGCCGACGACAGAGCCACUGAUCCUGUGACAGACCCUGUCUGCCAAGUCAGGCCAGAGCCAGAGGACCCCACAGGAUUGCUCUACAGACUGCGGAUCACGGAUUUCACAAGAUGCGGUGUGCUCAAACGAAAUGGCUUCGUCCACGUACGAGUGUGGUUCCCCCAGUUCCCGGGCGUGGUGAUGCAGUCGGACCAGGAGCUGAUCAUCAUGUGCAAGCCUCCAGAGCCCACCAUUAUUGAGAACAAAGCGGCGGGGUUCGCUGGAAGCUUCCCCCACGGCGCCCGCGUAUCGGGAGUGGUAGAGGAGACGCCAGGUCGUCUGGAGUACGAGGUGGCGCUGUACAAGGAAGCGCCGCCCGUGUCCCGACACACCAACCACUCCGUUGACUUGCCUGUAGAUCAGGUAACUGGUGCUGUACCGAUCGGCACGAAGCUACAACUGCGUGCGCGCAUCAAUCCAGACUCGGCGUGGCGGCACAUCAAGUUGCUGGAGGUGGCUGUUUCGCCUGACCCUGAUCGGCCACACGCGCCGGGCGCUGUCCUGCUCGUCAAAGACGGUUGUAGAAAUCGGGACUUUGCAUCGAUUAUACCGCACCAGCCGGCUCGCUACAGGGAAAGGCAUAACGAGGUGUUCCUAGACUUCGAAGCAUUUCUGCUAGCUUCGAUGAAGGAGCGCUCAACACUCUGGAUUCAUUCUCAAAUUAAAGCAUGUAUGGACGCCGCUGACUGCCAACCUGAUUACUGCUUGGAUCUCUUUGAACCUUCAGGUCACGGCCGUCGGAGGAGAUCACUGCCAGAGGCAUCUCACAACCACAACAUUACAAGUUCGGCGUUAGUAGCUGACAACUCCUCAACUCCUUUCACACGGUUUAAAGAAAACUUGGAGUAUUCAGUAGUAAUGCCAGGAGAACUGUUCCACAGAACUCCCUUAGAAGCAACUUGUGCAACGUCCAUGAUGGUGGCUGUGGCUUUAGGAGCACUGCUCUUCAUGUCCGCUUUGCUAAUGUGCUAUUUAGCUACCAAGCUCAACUCUACGAUGCUGAAAAACAGUAGCCUUCAAUCUCCAUCAGGGAAAGGAUUUGAGCAAAUUCUAAGAGAACUUGCACACCACUCCCUCCCCGAUUCCGGGUAUACUGGGCGACCAACAGUCCAGUGACGUAAAAGUUAUCAGUAUGAAUCUAGGCUCAUUGAAAGCACAAAUACAUCGAAAAUAUUUCAUUUAUACGAAUCAAUCACGAGAAAUAAACUAAAUCAAAAAAGAUUUUAAACAUUUAGAUAUUGUCAAUAGCGCCGAAGAAUUAAAGCUACACUAUAUUUGCUAGUAUCAAAAUGCAAAUAUUAUUUGCUAGUAUCAAAAUGCAAAUAUAAUUGGAUGCUUAUUUUUUAUUACUUCUAUUUGUUUGAAUAAAUGUUAAACUUUUUCUUAGUCUAGGUUACCAUAGGAAAAUGAUAAUUUAAUUUAUUGACUAGACAUAGUAAAUUAUUAAACUUAUGACUGAAAAAUCGUAAGUCCUACUGUUUACAGAUUACUUAGUAUUUUUUUCAGUCAUGACUGUCACAUGAAUAGUAUUA